AUGGCUUCUCCUACAGUUGUGGCUUCGUGGUUGCUGUUAGGAUGUGUCGGAAAUGCAGUUGAUCUGGAUCUUGACAAGUGUAUAAACUUAUCAAAAGAACUACUUGACAGUGUAAACGCAACCCUCAGCUCGGAAGAAAUCAAUAAAGGAUUUAACUGCACAUCUGAUCUAAUGAAUGAUAUUACAAAGGCUACGACGGUAAUCGCUUGUGAGCCGGAUCCUUCAUCUUUGAAGAAGACGGGGUGCACGAGGCAACGGAAAACUGCAUUUGAUCAGGUUACCUGCUUAAGAAAUAUCACGGAGGACUUAUUGAAAUACAAAGCCGAGUUUUCAAAAUACCAGCUCAAAGGAUUAUCAAAACAACUGGACAAGACGCUGUCUAAAAUAGAUGCUCUUAUCAAGGUUUUACCGUCAUCAGCUAAAGCAACCUUCCGCAAAAAGAGGGAGAUCUCCUUUCCAGAUCGGAUGAAACUCUGCGAGGUCCUGCAGGCUUUCAGAGUGCGCACUGUAACCAUCAACCGGGUCAUGAAUUACUUGAAAUCCCGCCACUGAACAGCUGCGUCUGUGGAGCGUGUUACCUUUUUCAAGGAUGCCUGAUCAAGAGUAUGACUUAGUCUACAUUAAUUGUGAUGUACCAGACCGCCACGUAUAAGCUAGAAACAUAAAUCUAUGUCUAGGCAGAGAUAUUUUUUAUAUUAUUUAUUAAGAUAUUUAUGUGUUAUGUGUAUACCAUAUAAUAUAGGGUGUUUUUGUAUACUGGUAUAGCCCAUUGUUAAAACGUGCUGUAAAAUUAUGGGGAAAUGCAGGAAUUUAUCUAACAGACGUGUAAUACUAACACAACAAAAGCAUAGGAUGUUAUUUAUUAUUAUGUGUUAUUAUUUAUUCAUUUAGUACUGCUCAAAUGUUUUUGGGGGUAAUUUUAGGCAACAAUGUGCUGUGUCUUUUGUUUUUAAUUAAAUAUUAUACGGAAAGGACAUAAUGGUUAUACUGACACCUUGAUAUAACG